AUGACCACGAAACCUUCCGACGCGCCGUGGGCGGAUGAACCCUUUCACUUAAUUAAGACACCAUCAACCUACCUUACGGACUCGCAUUCCUAUGUUCACACAGCCUCAGAAAUGGCCCAUUCUCAUAACGUCAUCAUAAGAGGACUGAACGCCAUAAUCCAACAAGCCCCUUAUGUGGCCAUUUCAACGGACAAGAACUAUAUCGCCCAGGACGUAAAAGACCUCCUAUUCUACGUCCAUUCAUGGGCCAAAAUGAUGAACCACCACCACUUCACCGAAGAAUCGUCGAUAUUUCCCGAGAUCGAAAAAUUCAGCGGUAAACCCGGGCUUAUGGAGGGCCCGAAGCAGCAACACGAGGUCUUCCACGGCGGGGUAGAGAAGUUGUUAGAAUAUUCGUCGACUACGAAACCUGAAGACUACCGAUGGGAAGGGCCGAAUGGGAUGAAAGCUAUUAUAGAUUCGUUUAGUAAAGAUCUCACGGACCAUUUGUACAGUGAAAUUGAUCUCUUCCUCGGGUUUAAGGAUUUGGAUAAUGAUGGUUUGAGGAAGUCCUGGGAUAAGGGCGAAACGGUUGCCAAGCAAAACGGGAAUCUUGCCAUGCUAUAUGACGUGUUUCCUUGCGUGCUCGGAUGCGCCGAUAAAACCUAUGAGGUUGGGCACACGUUCCCUCCAUUGCCUUGGGUAGUGCCCUACGUCAUCCAGUAUUGGUUUGCUGCUGGGAACGGAGCAUGGAGGUUUAAUCCGUGCGACUGGUGGGGUCGCCCGCGACCUCUGACCUUCGGUCCGCAGAGUGGGAAUUGA